UGGCCCCUACUCCCCUACACCCUCUGGUUGCUGGGAAAAUCUUCGCCAUGGCACAGAUUCAAAUUUAGGGUUUAAAAUCCAGUGAUUGUGACAAUGAGCAGUUCAUCACCAGCUCAUUCUUCGGUAUCUGCGGCCACCAGCGCCGGUGGUGGAGGUGGACAGGGUGGAAGCAGCAGCAAUGCUGCAUUGGCUUCCGACGACAACUCUUCCUUCCAUUUUCCUUCCGAUCUCAUUUCUGCUCAAGAUCGCAAGGAAGAGGCACUACUUGUUCUGAAGAACGAUUUGAUGUCUGCGCUUAACAAGGAGGUUAAGUCCAUAGAUGAAGAUAACUGGAAGUUUGCCGGACCUCGCUCUCAAAUCCACCUCAUUUCAAGACCAGGUGCGUUUCUACAUAAGCAGACAGAAACUGCAAAGCAGUUGAAUUUGGCUCAACGAAAAUGAUGAGAUUUAAAUGUUAGUGAGUGCUUGUAUGUGCAUUUUAUUUUUUAUCCUCUAAUAUGUUUGUAAAUGAAAUUC